AUGGAGGAGCUGGCAGAGCAUGGUAUUUUCUUGCCGUAUAAUAUGCAAGGACUGACAGAUGAGCAAAUCGAAGAACUGAAGUUGAAGGAUGAGUGGGCAGAAAAGUGUGUGCCGAGUGGUGGGAGUGUCUUCAAGAAGGAUGAAAUUGGGCGAAGAAAUGGACACGCUCCAAAUGAAAAAAUGCAGCAAGUUAUAAAGAAGACAAUAGAGGAAGCCAAGGCAUUAAUCUCUAAGAAACAAGUUCAGGCCAAUGUGUGUGUUAAUAUGGAGAUGGUGAAAGAUGCAUUGGACCAGCUCCGAGGGGCUGUGAUGAUUGUGUAUCCGAUGGGAUUGCCUCCGCAUGAUCCCGUUAGGAUGGAGUUUGAAGAUAAAGAAGACUUGGCGGGAACUCACGCUGGACUUGAAGUUAUAGAAGAAUCAGAAGCACAGUUAUGGUGGGCAGGAAAGGAGUUGAAAGAAACAAAGUUGCUCUCUGAUUAUGUAGGCAAAAAUGAGAAAACAACCAUCAUUGUCAAGAUACAGAAAAAAGGACAAGGAGCUCCAGGGCGUGAACCUCUGAUUAGUCAUGAAGAGCAAAAACAGAUGAUGCUGUACUACUACAGAAAGCAGGAGGAACUUAAGAAACUAGAAGAGGAUGACGACGACUCCUUUCUAAAUGCUGAGUGGGCAGACAGCCAUGCUUUGAAGAGGCAGUUUCAUGGUGUAAAAGACAUCAAAUGGGGGCCAAGAUGAAGCUCUUUAAGCUCUCAGGUUGUUACUCUUGUUUGCAAUGAGGAGUUGUGUUGUGUGCGGUGGAUUCUUCUGACAAAAGCUGAAGUUGUCACUUCCGUAGCAGAUGCCUGUUUCGGCCUUCGGUUUUCAAUGCUCUGGAUAACUAUAGCAGCACUUGUCUCUGCAAAGAAUGGAGUAAAUCCUGUUGAAGUUUGUCAUUUUAUUAGAAGCUUGUAAUUUGAAUGUUGAAAUAUUAAGCUAUUUCUUAGAUAAUACAUCUAGUAAAUACGCACUAGAA